AAUGUUUGCAGUUUUAGGUCAUGAUAAAUCUCAAACAUGCGCCUAUUCAGUUAACAAAACUUUAUUUUUGGGGUCGGGCAGAUGGAGAGAUACUGUAGAAAAGGGAUGUAGGGAGUCAGACACAGAAUCAGUUUUUCUGCACAGCUGUAACUCUUGUGACCAGUUUCAAGCUCUCUGCACACUUUUCAGCUGAGACAGGAGACUUUAGACAGAAAAGGAGAGAAUAAUGGCAACUGUCAGCAGCAAUGAGUUUCAUCUUAUUGUCCCUGACAAAGCUCACAGUGCUGAGGUCAAACUGGGGUCUGAUGCCACUGUACCGUGCCACCUAUCACCUGAAAUCAGUGCUGUUGACAUGGAGAUCAGGUGGUUUAAAGAGACAGAGUGUGUGUGUCUCUAUAAGAACAGAGAGGUGACAGAAGGGAGGAGCUACAGAGGCAGAACAGGUCUGUCCACUGAGGAGCUGGACAGAGGAAAUGUGUCCUUGAAGUUGAGAGAGUUCAAAGAAUCAGACAUAGGAGUUUACUUGUGUCAGGUCAUCAGUGAAGACAAAACCGAGGAGAUAACAGUAGGAGUAGAAGAAGGAGCAAAGAAAGAUACUGAUGUCCAACCUGUGAAUCAGCCAUCAGAGAUUCAAGGCAGACAAGUUCAUCUGACACUACACGAGUCAAACAGUACUUGGGAGGAGAAUCAGAAAAUGAAAAUGGAGGAAUCUGCUUUAAUAACAGAGCUUGAAGUGAAUUAUGCGAGGGUACUUCACCAAACAAUGUUCAAGCUUUUCAAAAAUCAAGGGAAAAAACUGGAACAAACCGAAAUGCAGUUAAAGGCAUCCGAGAUGGAUUUGGAAAGAGUCUUAAAACAACUAGAAACUAUCACAGAAAAAUCUGGUCUCCUGCAAAAUGAAAAAUGCAUCGAUAUGAAAGAAUCUCACAUUCAGCAAAUAGAAAAACAACUGCUACAAAUAACUAAACACAUCGAAGAGAAACAGAUUCAGCUUGAGGAGAAAGACACGCAACUGGAGAAUAUGAGCAAACAGAUGAAUGAGAAAGAGAAGCUACUGGAGUGCACAAUCAAAGAGAUGGAAACCAGUAAACAACAGCUGGAGACACUGAGACAGGAGAAAAUGAGACAUGAGGAGAUGUUGGAGAAGAAAGAGCAGUUGAGGAUUUCAGAGUUGAAUGAAAAAUCCAAAUGUCUUGAAGAAACUAAAUCUCUUCUAGAAGAAAGAGAUAGAAAGAUUAAAGAUCUGGAGAAAGAGAAAGAAAGACUUGACAAAGAACUUCAAGACAAAGACAGACGUCUUAAGGACAGUAAUGCUAAACUGAUGCAAACAGUCCGAGAGGUUGAAAAGAAACAAAAUCAGAUUCAGGGGAAACACACUCAACUGGAGAAUAUACACAAAAUGCUGAGUGAGAAAAUGAGACACCCAGAAAACAAAGCGAAAGAGCUGGAAGCCAGUACAUGUCAAUCAAAGGAAAAGGAAACUGAAAGCACAAAUCUGGAGAAAUAACAGCUAAAGUGUUUGGAACAGAUUUUUAAAAAUCCUUUUUAAUGCAUCAAAACAUUGGGGUAGCUCCAUGAGGACAUGCAUUUGGUGCAGUGUUUUUAAAAAUCUGCAUUUAAGAAUAAAAAAAAUCAAGAAAAGCAUAUAAUUAUUUAUAACAAAAGAUUUCCCCCUUAAAUUUAAAUCAAAUUUCACAUUAUCCCAAGAAAUAACAUUGAACAGAUGUCAGUAAUUGCAAUGUUUCUGUGGUGGUGUCCAUUUAAAUUAUGCUGUAUUUCAUUUGUGGGUUGUAUUGAUACUUUAAGCUGCAGUCCGUAAGUUUUGCCUCUUUGUCGCCAUCUCUGUUUGAAAACCUGGAAUUGCAGCUCUGUGAGGAAUUAUCUUCCGUGUGUGGGGUUGUGAUCCGGUGUUCAGGCACUGCUCCAUCGCGGAUGAAUCUAAUGUUUAGAGGUGAAUGUGUGGCAGUCAGUCACCGCACCGGUGUGGAAACUGUACUCAGGAAUCACAGAUUCUAGCCUACAUCUUAGAAUAUAUGACCCAAAUAAGAAUUUUCACCGUAUAUUGCCAUCUGAACAAGUUUAAUUUCAUUUCAUUCACAUGUGUUUCAUAAACACAUAAUAAUUUAUGGAUUACAAUCCGCCAUCAAAAUGAUACAUUUAAUUAUUCUAGCUGCUGUGAGAAAAGGCAAUAAAUGUUCCAUCACCUGCAGGAUUCUCACAUGCGAUAGCCUAGUAGCCAGGAAAACUUCUUUGUUUACAGACGUUAAGUAAUGACGCAGUGCCAUGCUCGAAUUUCCCACGAAAACCUACCCAUACCACUCAAAAUAGAAAACAUUAUUAUAAGCUAACCGUUGUGAAUCGGGCUAAAGUAAGGUGAUAGUUUUGAACACUGGCAAGUUAUGUACUUGCUCAAAUAUUUAUUUCGGAUAAAUUUUAACCCAAAAAAAGUUACGGACUGCAGCUUUAAACAACACUGCGCAGGACGGAAAAUGAGAACUGCAUCAGGUGGAAAAUAGCAAAAACACUUAUGCCGUGCCUUGCUGCGGGUCUAUGAUAGGGCCCAUGAGUCAUUAAAUGCAUACAGCUCUUUUUUUCUAAGAGCCGUUUUUAUCCUCCCCCAUCGCCACGUUGUACAAAGAUGAAACCUGCUGUGCUAGAUUGGAGAGUUAAUUUCCUUGGACCAACCUGUUUUUUGAGGGCAACAAGUUUUAGCACUGUUUGCACAUCUGUCUGGUGUUUUAAGUAUGCUUAAAGAAAAACCAUGCGAAUUCGUCAGUCAACACCAGUGCUGAGCAUUUUAUCCUUAAAACUGAGUUGUACCAAAAAUGUGAAAAUUCUAAACAUUGUAUUGAGGGUGGGGGUUUAUAUGAAUGUAACUCUGAAGGGAACUGACCCUUACAAAAAUUAACCAUGGUUUUACUACAAAUAAAACUUGGUUACUAUAUAGAUUAAACUAUGGUAACCAAAAAAUUAACCAUGGUUUGGCAACACUAACCAUAGUUUAACCAUGGAAUUUGUAGUAAAACUGUGGUUAUACAGAUGGUCAGGCAAAAAAAAUUAAAACAUGGUUACUACAAUUUUACUAUAAUAAAACCAUGGUUAAUUUCCUACAGUAUAGCAUAUUUGUUUGUAUUGUAAUUAAAAUGCAGUAGGUUGCCUCUAAAUUCAAAUGGCUACAGAGUUCUAGUUUAAGACCAGUUCAGCCUGUAAUAAAGCCAAUAAACAUCUUGUUCACAUUCUUUGACAUUCUU